AUGCUCGAAUCUAAUUGGACCGUUGAAACACUGAAUAUCGGUGAUGAUAUGGAGACAACUUUACCAGUGGCAUCGAAAUCACCAUCGAUCAAACAGAUCAUCAUCCAUACCUAUUCCCGCCAAUCUAGAAUUCUGUAUACCAAGCAAAGUAACAAUAAGGCCAGUGGAUAUGCACAUAUCAAAUCAAAGUAUCGACCACUCGGCGAUAACGCAAAAAGAUCGGUUUUAACGUAUGCCAAGAAGAUCUACGAUACUACAGAGAAUCACAUUGAAAACCAAACGGUCGAAGAAACCUAUCCAAAUCUCAAAUUCAUAUACUAUCGGAAUUUCAACAUUUUAGAGGGUUAUGAUAAUGACUCUAACGACGAUGAACAUUUUUUGAAUGAGUCUGAUUUCUAUGACAACAAUGACUCUGAUGAUUACUAUGGUGGUCCACCUCCGGAAGCCUGCAGAAUAAUAUAA